AUGGAGGAUAAAGAUCAAAAACUUCAAGAACUCCAAAACGAGUGCGCCAUCCUCAAGAAAGAAUUGGUUGUUCGAGAUGCUAUUUCCGAAGGUCUAGGCCUUGCCUCCCGUCCACCUUAUCUCUGCCACCUAGAAUCCAUCUCGGAACACGGUUAUCAUGAGUAUAUUGGUUCGCCAGAGUACUGUCACAAGGCCAUCCAGGCUUUUAUAUGGCGCGUCAUUGUGGAAGAGGUUCUAAGCAAAUUUGAAUCGGUUGGUCGGGAAAAUUCCAAGCACUUCCUUCAACUUUCACGUUACCUGCAACCUGCGAGACGAAAUCACUCAGGAACUCAGUUGUCAAGGCAGGAGUCUGAGGCUGAACGGAAGUUCCACACUUGGAGGGCUACCACCACCGGUUUAUUUCUGGAGCAUAUCAACACGGAAAAGGUUGAUAGCUAUAUCAGACAACGGGCAUCCCAGCACGCUCAAGAGGUCAUCAACGCACUCCAUAAUCUAAUUGACAUUGAAGAAGUGAACGAAUUCAAGGAUCAGCUUGCUACUAUCAUUUAUGAAGCUUUCGAACUCGACCGCGAGGUCAGCCGACAAUCUGCGUGUGUAACUUGGCAAUUCCGCCAAACUCAACAUGAGAAGACAAGCGGCCAGACUCAGAAACAUGGGAAUGUAGGGCUUGUUAUUAGUCCAGCUGUUUUGAAGAGAGGGAAAUCAACAGGGGAGUGUUUCGACCAAGAGAUGAUACUUCUACGGGCAGAGAUCGACUUCAGGGAAUGA